AAGUUCGUUUGUUUGGCUCAGCUGAUCACGUAGUUUUCCUCCUGCUGAGUCUUCCAUAGUUCCAAGGGCAAUGGGGCAAAAUACUUCAACGGCCGUGUUGGAGGCUGUGAACACGAUGACAGGUGGAGUCUUUCCAACGAAAGACCCACUGGACGCUGCAGGAAGUUGCAUAUUUGAUGACAAGGUAAUGGCAGAGAAGCUGCCUGCGGCAGUUUUGAAGCGAUUUCAGGAGUGUGUGAUCACCGGUGCCCCAACUACAGAGGAAGAUCAGAAAGUCAUUGCAGACACAAUUUAUGAAUGGGCUCGAGAACGAGGCGCUAUUGACUUUGCCCACUGGUUCUUUCCCCUCAGAGGCGGUGGUGGAGCAGUGGGUGGCAUGUUGGGAGCGUACAAGCAGGACACACUCCUUGAUUUGGAUUUUGCCUCGAAGUAUGUCACGAAGCCAAUGAAGGCGUGCUUGCCUUCGGAACGUCUUUUCCAGGGAGAAACUGAUGGAUCCUCCUUCCCAAAUGGUGGCUUGCGAGUGACGCAUUCCGCAGCAGCUUUCACGACUUGGGACAGAACCUCACCACCAUUUGUGCUGAACAAGACGCUUUACAUUCCCUGUGCAUUUAUUACACAUUUCGGAAAGUGCAUUGAUGAGAAGACACCGUUGUUGCGGUCCAUGGACGCUGUGAAAGAGCAGGGCCUUCGUCUCUUGAAGGCCGUCGGCCUGGGCAAAGAUGCCAAGACCAUGCACAGCUACUUGGGCUGGGAACAAGAGUUUUUUGUGAUCGACGCUGCACACUACAAAGCCAGACCAGACCUGGUGAACACAGGUCGCACCCUUUUCGGCAAGCUCCCAACGAGACAUCAACAAGGUGAUUUGAACUAUUUUCAACCGAUUCCAACCAGUGUGGCACUGCUCUUGGACCGUGUCCAAGCGCUGAUGUUAGAGGUUGGUUGCCCUAUGGCAGUCAAGCACAACGAAGUUGCUCCAGGGCAGCAUGAGAUGUCUCCAGUCUUUCGCACUGCCAACGUCUCCUGCGACAGCAAUGUCCUUUUCAUGGAAACCAUGAAUCGGGAAGCAGCCAAGCUAGGCUUGCAGGUGUUGUUCCACGAGAAGCCCUUUGCCGGCAUCAACGGCAGUGGCAAGCAUGCCAACUGGUCCGUAGGCACCGAUACUGGAUUGAACUUUUUUUACCCUGGCAAGACAGAAGAGGGUGCCAAACUCUUUGUGACGGGCAUUGCGUGCCUUGCCUAUGGCUUGGCUCAAUACAACGACCCCUGGCUUGUUCAUCAUCGCCUGCGGCUUUUGUCGAAUAUCAUAGUGUGCCCCGCUCGAACUCGAACUCGAACUCGAACUGAAACAGUUAUACAGUAUUGA